AUAGAAAUUUUCUUUAAGCCUUGGAAGUAAUUUGAGUUCUAGUAGUGUAUGUGGACGCAAGAGAGAGGGAGAUAAUCUGUAAUUGUUUGGAAAUAUUGAAUUAGCAUCUUUCACUUAAUUUAUAAAAUGUCUUCUGCUUUAGAGAAUUUGGAAGGAAACUUAGAAUUAUUUAUUGAAAAUGUGCGCCAGUUGGGCAUCAUUGUGAGCGAUUUCCAACCACAGGGACAAACAAUAUUGAAUCAAAAAAUAGCUCAGAUGGUUACUUACAUGCAGGAAAUUGAUAAAUGUAAAAAUCAAGUUCAAGACCUUCAGGUUCCUCUUGAAGUUUUUGAGUAUAUUGAUCAAGGUAGGAAUCCGCAAUUAUAUACCAAAGAUUGUAUGGAAAAAGCUUUGAACAAGAAUGAAGUUGUCAAAGGAAAAAUUGAUUCCUACAGGCGCUUCAAAGGACUGUUACUUGUAGAGUUGAGUAAAGUAUUCCCUAAUGAAAUGGCUAAAUAUCGAGCUAUAAGAGGUGAUGACAGACCCUCAUGAAAAUUUGUAUCAUGAAUAAUCAUUUGUAUAUAAGUCUUUUAUGUAUGUGUGUACUGUAGAUCUACAUAUCCUUUAAUAAAAUAAAUGCCUUCUAAAAAAAUA